AUGCCAAGACCGGCACCUCCGGAGACGGAAAAGGGCCCCGACACCGGCUACACAGUCUACUUUGGAGAGCUCUACGGCAUCCUCAUGGCCUUGGACAUGGCCACUAUCGACAGCGGCGGCACCCCGGUUGCGAUUUUUACCAACAACCAAGCGGCGAUCCGCCCCGCCCACGAACCCCGCAAACAAGCUGGUGAGUAUAUGCAGAUCCGAAUCAACAAGCGGGUGGGAUCCGGAAACUUCUGA